AUGACUAAAGCUAAAGCUGAAGUGGUUCUGUUGGUGCUAGUCCUCACGAGUCGUGGAGAUUCUGAUCAACUCCAUUGCAUAGAAACUGAGAGACAAGCUCUUCUGAGCUUGAAGCAAGGCUUCAUUGAUGAUGGUAAUCGUCUAUCCUCGUGCACAAGUACUAAACGAGAUUGUUGCGCGUGGAAAGGUAUCAGGUGUGAUAACUUAACUCAUCAUAUUAUCAGUCUUGAUCUUCAUUCUAACAGCAGUGUUCCAAUGUUAUUGGGUGGUGAAAUUGGUCCUUCUUUGGCUGAAUUACAAUAUUUGAAGUACUUGGAUCUUAGUUACAACAAUUUUACUAAUAAAUUCAGUACAACACUUUCUGAUAGUUUAGAACAUUUGGAUUUGAGUAGAAACCAAUUCAAAGGACCGUUUCCAAAUUUGUCAAAUUUUUCGUAUCUUAGAGUGUUGGACGUUUCUUCAAACUCUUUCACUGGGUUGGUCACCGAAGUUCACUUUGAAAAACUUUCCAAAUUGAAAACUCUUUAUUUAUCCGAUAACCCCUUAACAUUAAAGAUCAAUUCUACUUGGAUUCCACCAUUUCAACUACAUAAUCUAUCGUUGAGUUCUUGCAAUUUAGGUCCACAGUUUCCUACUUGGUUCAAAACUCAAGUAAAUAUCUCAUUUCUUGACAUUUCCAACUCUAGAAUUGAAGAUAGCAUUCCUAAUUGGUUUAGCAUUCAAUCUACAAAAUUGAAUUUUCUAAAUCCAUCUUCAAACAAGCUCCAUGGCUCUAUCCCUUAUUAUCUAUCAAAUGUGAAGAUAUUGGAUCUCUCUUAUAAUAGGUUUAAUAAUUUAACCACUCUUCUUUGUGAACCAGUAAAUGGGACAACAAAACUUCUUGAUAUUUCAAAUAAUAUGUUAUAUGGAACCCUUUCUGAUUGUCAUUGGAACUUGAAGAGUUUGAUUGUUCUAAAAUUAGAUAAAAAUAAUUUGUCCGGAGUAAUUCCAAGAUCAAUUGGUUCGUCAUAUGGGAUUCAAUAUUUGUUUUUGGGACACAAUAACUUCUCUGGAAAUCUUCCUUCAUCCUUGAAGAAUUGUACACAACUUCGGGUUCUUGAUGUCAAAGCUAAUAGGCUAAAAGGAAAUAUACCAGCUUGGCUUGGGGAAAGACUCACAAAUUUGAUUUUUCUUCGACUAAAAUCAAAUAAUUUCUAUGGAGUUAUACCAUCGAGUAUGUGUCAUCUUCAAUUUGUUCAAAUAUUUGACCUUUCCAAUAAUAAUAUAUCUGGAUUUAUUCCUUCGUGCAUAGAAAAUUUCACUUCUAUGGUAGAUAAAAGGUUUCAAAAAAUGAGUAACAUAUCUACACAAGUUCCCUUAGAUGAUGGUCGUCAACAAGUACUAUUGUAUGAAAUUGUUGCAAUGAUCAUGUGGAAAGGAGUUUUACGUCAGUACAGUAGGACUCUUGGGUUAUUAAGAUUGAUUGAUCUUUCACGCAACAAUUUGACCGGAGAAAUACCUAAAGAGUUAUUCAAUCUUGUUGAAUUGGUUCAACUUAACCUUUCAAGGAAUAAUUUGAACGGUAGUAUCCCUAUUGAGAUUGGGAACCUGAAAAAGAUAGACUCUCUAGAUUUAUCCAAUAACAAGUUUUCAGGUGUCAUUCCAACUAGCUUGGCAAGUAUAUCUUCUUUGUCUUUUUUGAAUUUGUCAAGUAACAAAUUGUCCGGAAGAAUCCCAACUGGCACCCAACUACAAAGUUUCAAUGCUUCGACAUAUAUUGAUAAUGAUGGAUUGUAUGGACUUCCAUUGACCAAUUCAUGUCUCGGAGAUGAGUCGCCAAGUGGUUCUCAAGAUCACUCGAGUGGUGCUGAAGGUUUUACUGAAGAUAAUGAAGAAUGGCUUGACAUGUCAUGGCUUUUUAUGGGAUUUGGAGUGGGAUUUGUGGUUGGAUUUGUUGGACUUUGUUGUAUUUUUUUGCUUUUUACUUCAUCGAGAUUUACCAAUUUCAUGGGUGUAUCUAGAGAUUAG